AUGAAUAUAACGACCAAAGUAGAUCACGACCAAGCCAGAAACAAGCAAGAACAAGCAGAAACAAGCAAGGACGGCCUCCGCACAAAGCAAAGCCCAGCAAGCAACCAAUCGCCGAUCUAUGAUCCGAAACCCCGCUCAUCAUCUUCUGGGAACAAGAAUAAGUCUUCAUCUUCUGGGAAAAAGGAACACAAAAAACCUCCCAUUCAAAAGUUACCGAGUAUCGAUGCUGUCUUGUAUCCCGCGGCUUCUGGAGGGCAGACUGGUAGUGCUGCUUCAUCAUCGACUGGAGGGAACAUCAAACCAACUCUACAACCACGAGGACCAGCCGCACAAGAAGAGCAACAGCGGCAUCUGCAAGAUCAUGAUGAUGAUUAUCUGCUUCAGAACCGACAAAACAAGGCUGAUGACCGUUGUCAAGAUAAUCGUUACUCUGUCGUUUUUUUCUUCUAUCCGCAAUAUGACGCGCAGAUCCCAGCACUUCCUGCGGGUAGCGGACCUCGACAUUAUGACAACUUAUUUGCAGAUUCAGAGCAGUCAGACUGCAUCUGCCUCCCAAUUGCCUUCUUCCUAAUCCUUUCUCGCUUCUUUCUCAAAAAGGGGAAAAAGGCAGCAAGGAAGAUGCUAGUUGCACCUAGGAUCAUGUGAGGACUCUCUUGUACUAAGUAUUUCUAUUAUAAAUUUAGAAAUGAAUAUACUUUACGACCUAGAAGUACAAUCUAGUCCUCUCAUCAUUAUAAAUAGUUCUACUAGAAGCAGCUCUAGCUCCUCUAAUGACAAAUGUACUCAGUCUUCUCCGACCAGAGUGAUGCGGGAUUUCAGUACCAGAAACUGGUGUCCACCAUAGGCGACUUUUCGAAGAUCCAGAGCCUCAGCUUCGGAAAAUGGAUCAAGAUGAAGUGGGAUAGCGUCCGUCGGAAAAACUAAUGGAGGUUCCUGGUGGGGAUCCACAAGUAAGACUACACUUCGAUCUCCUGGUGGGGAUCCACAAGUAGGACUAUGUAUAAGACUACACUGCGAUCUCCUGGUGGGGAUCCACAAGUAGGACUAUGUAUAAGACUACACUUCGAUCUCCUGGUGGGGAUUCACAAGUAGGACUUCUAUGAAGAUGAUGCUUUCAAGUAGAUGUGUAGCAGAGAGCGUUGACGUUGACGUACAACUGCAAGGUAAAAAUUGGCGGAUGCAAGAAACGACAAGAUGAAAAAGCCAUGCUUAAACGUUUUUUAAUUGGCGGUAUUUUCAAUAUCUCUGUUGAUACAUCAAUUAUAGUUUUUGCUAGACCUCCUUUACCUUUCUUUGACGCUGCAAAUUUAACGUGCGCCGUGAUGGAGGAUGAACAAGGUCAAAGUUGUGUCUUGAAGGAAGAU